AUGAUGUUAAAAAAUGUAGCUGUAUCACCAUUUACACAUGUUUUUGUUAAAUCAGAUAUUAAACUAGCUGUACAUAUUAUGAAUGCAGUUAUAUUAACAACAAUAUUAUCAGCUGGAAAUUCAGCUCUUUAUGUAUGUACACGUAUUUUAUAUGCUUUAGCUCAUGAAGGAAAAGCUCUAAAAUACUUUACUUAUGUAACUCGACAUAGUAUUCUAAUAUGGUAUCUUGUAUUUACAGCAUUUGUAUCAAAAGUAUUAUUUGGUUUAUCAUUUAUUGGUAAUAAAAUAAUUUAUCUAUGGUUAGGUAAUAUAACAGGUGUAAUGGGUUUUAUAGCUUGGUUUGGAAUAUUAUUAGCUCAUUGGAGUUUUCGUUGA